UCGAGUCCAGUAGUCGCCCGCACCACCGUCAGUCCGGUACGCUCCGUCUCCGCUACCGCCUCGCCACCAGACCACCCUAUCAUCCAACGAGAAAUCAAUGUCUUUUCGCUCGUGAGAAAGUAUAUUCUGCUUCUGUGAUGAAGAGAGACCGGCUCGUCCCCGCGAGUGCUCCGAGAUUCGUAUUAUUAUCUCUUCGACCAGCUCCGACCGGGGUCAUGCUAACCUAGCAUUCGAUAUGUCUUUUAGGGAUUGAUGUUUGACGAUAUCGCGUUAUUAAAUUAAUUUAGACUCGUCUAGUCUUUCUAUAUAUAAUCGUUAAUACUUAGUGAUAAAUUGUUACAAGUGCUCGCUACGAAGAACCGCCCGACUUAGUGCAACGAAUUGCGAAACUCCUAUCCUGACACUAUUUGCGACUUGAUGAGAUGGGUCGGAGCGUGUGACGACGGCGCGAGUUGCUCUGUUCCCCUGGUGGUUGUUGCCCUUGGUGUUGCUGUGCCGAGCCACGAGUCCGCGGCGGCCUACAGUCCCUGAGGAAGACGACACUAACGUGACGGCUUCGACGGAGGUAGUUACCGCGUGCAAGGGCCUCACAGGGCCCAUGUCACCUCAUGCCUCGCAUAUGGAAACAUUGUGGAGCGUCGCUGUACUGGCGGUGCUGCUGAUAACUACCCUGGGCCUCAUAACGUGUGUGGUGAGCCACUACAAGGGCACGGCGCGGCCCUGUCACCCCCCCGCGACCCCUACACCUACAACCACACCCAUGUUGGCGGUGCAGGCGGGAAUGGAGAGGGACCUAGGAGCGCAGCGGGACCGACAGAUCCGGCUGCACUCUGUACACACAGACCUAGAACUGGACCUGCCUCCUAGCAUAUCACUGCCAGAUGGCGAGGAGAUACCUUACGGCAGCUCGACUAGGCUGCAUAUACGCGACUCGGAACAGGAGAGCGAAAUCUACCAGAAAUGUAUCCGAGCGCCUCCGAACCGGACGGUGUUUGACGGUGAGAGUCCGCCACCUUAUCGGUCGAGUUCCGCGGGGCUUUUGUCUCUAGGCUCCUCCUCCUCCCACACAUCUAGCGAGUGGAGUCACGGUGUCGUCAGAUGCCACUCCAUGUCUAGUAGGUACCCUCCACCACCACACUUACCGGCUGUGAUAGUUCCCACACGACAGAGGUUAUCCAACAGUUCCGUCGCGGACCCACCACAUCCCCCCGCCCCCAAGCCUCCACCUCGCCCCUCGCCAUCGCCUCUCUAGGCCACCUCGCCUUCUCUCUAUCAUCCGCUGGCGAACGAUCCAUUCCAUCUUUGUAAUUCUUGGCUAGCCUUUUGGAUGUUGUGUUUAGUUUCGUAGCAGAUUUAUUUUUUCGGGCAGUCUACUUUGUGCACAGAAUUCUUAAGAGUAAUUUUUUGUUAAAUUGAAAUCUAAAAACUAGAAAAACUUUAUCGAAUUGUAGGUAUAAUUUUUCACCAGAUUUGCUGAAUCUUGUCAGAGCGACGUAAAAACACUGGCAACGGAAAUGUUUAUGAAUAGUUUGCAAAUGCUGUUUUUAGCUCAAUUGUUACGACUCAGAGUUGAUAGAUUAAUUAGGAUAAUGUACAACUGGUAUGAAACUCACUCCUGAUGUUUGUAGCUGCAACGUUAGGUCUCAGGUCAAAUCUUGUUUCUGAGUGAAAUUAAAUUGUAUAACCUGUAUUGCAGAGGAUAUACACCUCUGCUUAAAUCUAUAUUAUCAGUAUUAUACAUUUUAGUUUUUAUUUUAUUCCUAUUUGUGGAGGAUUUACUCCUGCCUAUACAGUAGACAAUAUUUUUAACCCUGAAAAUAUUUGGCCAUAACAGCUCUGUACCACACGCUACUAUCUUCUGUACUUUUUAUUCUACUUACAAUACAUUUCUAGCAAUCAAAUCUAGCUGAUCCUACUAAAAAAAUUAAUUAUUGAUUGGAGUUAACAGACAGAAAUAAUGUUAACCCAGUUCAGACAAGGUAACUAAGAUAGAAUAGUAACCUAAUUUUGCGUCUUUACAAACAUCAAUGGAGAUUUGAACUGUCCAUUCCACUGCAAAAUGUCUCCAUUUGAAUGAAUGUGCCUACAUAAUAAUGUGUAUAGUGGUUUUCAAAUGAAAAUGUUGAGGUUAGAAAUUGAUAAUGAACAAACCGAGGAUGUUGUUUAAGUUGUUACCACUGAAGGUGUUCAACGAUACCAAAUCCAUUCUAUUGGAUUUACUAUAUUAUCUGUACUUUUUUCAGUAUUAUAAUUGUAAUUGAUUAUUUUAUUGAUUUAGUUACUUGAAACAGUUGUUGUCCUUUAUAUUUACCAGUAACUGUUGUGCUAGUUUUAUAUUUUAUUGUAUUAUUGUAUAGCGUAUAAUGAAUGGAUACAUUCAAAUUGGUAUAACAUUCAACACUUUCUUAAUUUAGUCCUGAAAUAUUUGUCUGUAUGACUAAACCACUGUUACCUGACCAAUGUCAAAUUGUACUUUUACUUUUACAAUCAAAAUCAUAAAUAUAUCAAACACUCAUUGGAGUGAAAGACAUAGGCUUCUAAUAGGUUCUCCACUUCCAUUCUUCUUGUUUCCAUUGUCAAAUUCAUGGUUGAAGAGCUACUUCUCUAAAAGAUGUAAAGUAAAAGUAAGUAACAGACAUAGAAAGUCAAUAUCCUAACAGAUUAUUCUGACAAAAUAUCUAUAUUUUAAAACAAAUAUAUACUUGGCUGAUUCACUAGUCUUCUUCUUGUGUGAUUCAUUCUAUGAAUGUUAUCAUUUAUGUUUAUUCGUAGUUUAUUCAUUUAUUAUAAACUGUAUAUUGUAGUCAAAAUCUCUUUUAAUAUUUGUUAUGUCACUAUAAAAGGGAAGAAUUGUUAUACAGAUUUAUAUACAAAUAGAAUCAAUCCUAAUAUGCAUAAUACUACACAUAAACUUAAUGUAGAUUUAUUGAUAAUACUGUUAGAAGCUAAUUUCAAUGUUUAAGUAGGAACAUUUUGCAGUGGACAAUGCCUUAGCCUAUUUUACACUUAGUUCAAUUGUUAAAGUUAGGCUGAUCAUUUGUCCAUAGAAGUGUGUCUGUGAUAGGCUAUAUGAUGAUAAUCAAGGGUUGCCGUCUGUUAUUUAUUUUUAUUUCAUUAAUUAAUUGUGGAAUUUUUAUUUGUUUAUAUUUCUACUUUGUACAAUGUUGAUUGUUUGGUGUAUUUAAGUAUUAUUCAGUUAAUUGGAAUUUGUGGAACGGCAUUCAGUUUAAAACGUUUUACAGUGUGAUACAAUGGUUGAUAAAGAUCCAAGGUUUUUACUCAGGAAUAAAUUUAAGAAAAUGUAUGAUCCUAAUCCUAAAAAAUACAGCUUUGAUUAGGUUUUUACAUUUAGACUUUUAAACUAUAUAUCUUAAAGCACGGUACGCACUGAGUCGACUACGGCUCGGCCUUACGUACCUGGCUCCAGCGGUUUACCCGUGCACUGCACUGGCCUUCUCCAUUUGACACCAGGCGGAAAAACGUCACAACCUCGAGUUCACCAUUCUAGUGUUGCUGUCAGUGCACACAAAACAUUUGUAUACAAAAUUGCAUAUCUCCAAAAGUAACAAAAACUUACAUGGAGUAAGGUUGUUACACGAACGUCCAAUUUAGAUGGUAAACAAUUGAAAAAUUUUACAAUUUAAACAUUCUACAACUGGUGGAGUUUUUUAGUGAUAUAAGAUUCAUUAAGACCACCACAUUCCAAGUUUCAUAAACAGGAUUAUCAAAAUCGUCAAUUCAUUUUCAGUUUGCCGAUUCGGCGGAAGGCCUAAGUCGCUCCUAGGACCAGCCGACGCCGAAACCGAAUUGCUCUGUAUAGGGCAAGCUGGACCGGUGUAGUGCGCGGCGUCUCACAAGCUGGACCGGUGUAGUGCGCGGCGUCUCAUUUGAUUACGUGUAUCUUAACAUUUUAAAAAGGCCGUAGUCGACUCAGUUCGUGCUGUGCUUUAUAGUCUGUAUUUUUAUCAUUUGUUUAUUUAAUUGACCAAAAAAAUGCAUUCAAGCGUCAACAUUGUGUUAAGACAAGUGACUUAAUUUCUGUGUUCAAAAUAGCUGGUUCUAUUUUGUUAAACCAAAGACAAACUGACCUCAAUCUGGACUAAAUUGUGAUUCCAAUCAAUUUGUUCGUUGCUGUCUGAGCUUUCAGUUCUUCCAAUAGCUUAUUACAUAAAUAUUUAGCACUUUGCAAAGUAUGAUUUAUUUUACAAGUAUCGAUAUGUAGCCUCAAUAACCUUGUAUAUUUACUAUUGAGUUAAUUUUUUAUUAGUUUCGGACGGCAACGAGGCUGCAUACCGGUAAUUCUUUACACUGCACUUCUGCUUCCUCCCUCACCGUGCAAUAUCUUCAACAUUGGUUUAACAAUAUUUUCACCAUAGGCUCGAGAAUAGGAUUUAUAUCAAUAUUAUAUAUAAAUAUAUUAUUUAUUCCAGCAUAGUAGUUCAGGAUACAGCUCUGGAUAGGUGGGUAGUGGAUGUGUCAGAGAAUUAUUCUCUUAGGAAAUAGAUGUUUCCUUUAACAAGCAACUAUUCUAGUAAAGUAGUAACUGAAAUCACACAUUUACGGGUAUACAUAUUUGUAGCUCAUCUUCUAUCCUGGUUUGAAAAGGAGACUCGCCUUCUUUCCCAUGCUAUUUUAUUUUCAAUCAAAAGUUUUCUUUUGUUAUUUUGACUUUUUAACUGUGCAUCAUAAGUCCUAGUAUAUGUUCUAAAAACAUUUUGUCUUGAAUUGGUUCUCUACUUUAAAAUUAACCUCGUAUAUUAAAACAACUUUUCAUUGGCACACAACCAUUGCCCAUUAUUCAGAGUCUUUCAGUAUAAUAUCCAUAAUUAUAUAUAUGCAGUGUUUAAUAUAGAAUUUAUUCAGUUGUUAUUAUCUGUAUUGUUUAAGGGAAGGACGCACCGCCCAACGCCAGCGGCCUAGUAUCGUUUAUUAGUUUAGAAUCAAUCUUUUAGCUCCAACACUUGGUUUUCCUAGCUUUCUAAAAGUGCCUUUUAUGGAAGAGUCGCGGGCGCGGGCGGUGGGGACAAGAUGGACAUCACAGUGGCUGGACUGACUUAUGGACCGCUCUCGUUAUUUAUUUUAGAAGAUUGUGUUGUGGAGAACUCUCAGAACUGUGUGAGUGAUGAGUCUCGGCCUGAGAGAUGCGGACGGUCGUGUGCCACGCCGGACUACGGAUCACGACAAUCAUUACUUCUUAGCCACCCAACUAUCGUUGUUUGUAUUACUUUUGUUUAAAACCAAACGAUUCUCCAACUCUGUGUUACAGUCAUAAAUUUAUUGUAGCCGGGUUGAGUGACAAAUGUGUCUGUAUUACCUUUUGUUUUUCUCACAUUUAUGAAAUUACUUUUAAUUGAAAAUUAACACGCAUAUUUUAGCUCAAAGCCUAUAAAAAGACACCAAAGUAAACAUUCCUAGCGGUCCGAGGAUUUCAAAUUUGCCUUCGACUAAGUACAAAUGUAAGCGUACGACCGUCCGCUCUCAGUUGCCGCAAGUGGGACACUUUGUGAUAAUAUUUGUGGUUCCCGACAUCGAGGUCCGGCCCCAGCGACUACGGAAGUGGCCGGACUUCGAGGUGAUAUCGCUUGUACGGUAAUUCGAUGUAUAUUAUAUUUAAUUUAUGUAAAAUAAAUAAAAUGGGUGAUACGGAUGGCGCACGCUCUAGACACAAUUUAUUAUUUUGUUUAUGGUUUAAUGAGAUGAAACCGUUUUUUAUAACUGUAUAAAGUGUAUGAUAGAACGGAAGAGGUUAUUCCUUAAUGUAAAAUACGACAUGUUUCCAUUGUGAUUUUAUCUUUUUUGUCUAGAACAUGCAGUAAAAUUUUAUGGUAGUAUUUAUUUAUGUGACUGAGACUCACAGUCGACUGAAUUUCAGUUAUCUACUGCAUGUACUGUGUUGUUAUUUUUUAUUUAUUUAAAUUAAUGUGAAAAAGUUUAAGCGUACUACUAACGAAAAUGUCAGUUCCGACUGAAAAAAACAAAUUGCGGUCAAUGUUAUCACCAAUUUAGUCAUUUAAAGAAAUUAAACGGAAAUUAAAAUAA